UAAGUUUUUUUAUGUGACGUAUGUGAAACGUACUAAAUUUCUAAUGGCGGUUGAAGGAGUAACACGUGAAUCAAGUUAAUGAAUUUCUGAAUCACAUUUUGUAUACUAUGAUUGCUGAGCGACCGGUGCUCAUAUUCGAGAAUAAAGAUAUCUUCUUUUGAAAACAAAAAUGGAAAUCCGCUUCACUCCUCAACGAAUCGUUAAAAGACUUGCCCAUGAAAUAUACGAAAACGGGGCAUUAUAUAAAACUGAUAAUAUGAUUCGUGCAAUUGUAUUCUGGGGAAUCACCACGGCACUAUGGAUUGGCAAUUAUUUUUCCUUUCUUGCAUCCAUAUUUACAGCCUUUUCUAUUUAUGUUUGCAUUGGAGGUUGGAGAUUUGUGAUUUUAUUAUACAAAACACUUGGAAGAGACUUGAGGGGUUUGUAUCGGUUAACAAAAAUGAGGUUAUUUAUUCGUAAAUGUCGGAAGCAUAACAGAACAGUUGGACAAGUUUUUCAAAAUCUAGUCAGAAAACACCCGGAUAAAAUGUGUCUAAGGAAUGAAGACAGAAAAUGGACAUUUCAAGAGGUAGAAAAUUACAGUAAUCAAGUGGCAAACUGCUUUGCUGAAUUAGGUUUUCGCCGUGGAGAUGAUGUCGCUCUGUUCAUGGAUUCAAAACCAGAAUAUGUUGGAAUUUGGCUAGGAUUGUCCAAAAUUGGAGUUGUUCCAGCUUUAAUAAAUUCCAAUUUGCGUUUAGACCCUCUUUCACAUUCCAUAACUGUAGUCAACUGUAAAGCAGUCAUUUUUGGAAGUGAAUUACUUGAUGCUAUCAAAGCAGUAGCUCCUUUGCUGAAAGAUAAAAGUGGUUUGCAAUACUUUUGCCUGGGCAAAUUUGAUUCUACAGCUUUCCCAGCACGAUCUCUCGAUGGAAUGAUACAGCAAAGCUCAACAAGCAUACCAUUAGCAAAUAAUGGUGGCAACAUGGAUGAUCGGCUGUUUUAUGUAUAUACAUCUGGUACUACUGGAAUGCCAAAGGCUGCCAUCAUUAGACAUAGCAGGUUCAUGUGGCUAGGAGCUGGUAUUCACCAUAUGAACAAACUUCAGUUUGACGAUGUUCUGUACACUGCCCUUCCCCUGUACCACACUGCCGGUGGCAUCCUGUCGCUAUCUCAGACAAUUCUUUUCGGGUGUUCUCUAGCCAUAAGAAGCAAGUUUUCUGCAUCCAAGUUUUGGGAUGAUUGUAUAAAAUAUGAAGCAACUGUUGCUCAAUAUAUUGGUGAGUUAUGUCGCUAUCUCCUCGCACAACCUGAGAAACCACAAGAGAAACAACAUAAAGUUAGGUUAAUGUUCGGAAAUGGUUUGCGUCCCCAAAUAUGGAAGCAAUUUGUAGAAAGAUUUAAUAUUGCAAACAUUGGUGAAUUGUAUGGAUCAACAGAAGGAAAUGCUAACGUCAUCAACAUUGAUAAUAAAGAGGGAGCUGUUGGUUUUAUGUCUCGAAUCAUUCCCACAAUUUAUCCUGUCAGCCUUAUAAAAGUAGAACCUAGCACAGGUGAACCAAUUCGGGAUGAAAAGGGUUUAUGCAUUCGUUGUGAACCAGGUCAACCUGGGGAAUUUGUAGGUAAAAUAAUUGUCUCGGAUCCAAUAAGACAGUUUGAUGGUUAUGUAAACCAAUCUGCGACAAAGAAAAAGAUUAUUAGAGAUUGCUUUCAAAAAGGAGAUACUGCCUUUCUGUCUGGUGAUAUGUUGAUGAUGGAUGAGGAUGGGUAUUUAUUUUUUGUGGACCGAACAGGAGAUACUUUUAGAUGGCGUGGUGAGAAUGUCUCCACUAUGGAAGUGGAAGGAGUUAUUAGCAACAUUUUGGGACUGACUGAUUCCGUCGUCUAUGGUGUAAUGGUUCCAGGUUGUGAAGGUCGUGCUGGAAUGGCUGCUAUAUGUGAUCCUGAAAAUGUUGUAGAUUUGAAGUAUUUGUUGGACGAAAUGACCAAAGUUUUACCUUCCUAUGCCAUCCCUCAAUUCAUAAGAAUACGUGAUAAAUUAGAGUCCACAGGUACAUUUAAAUUAAAGAAAGUUGAUCUUCAGAAGGAAAGCUUUGAUCCGUCUGUAGUCGCUGACCCAUUGUAUUACUUGGAUAAAAAGUUAGGUGCUUAUGUUCCAUUAAAUGUAGAGUCAUAUUCAAAGAUUUGCAAAGGACAGAUUCGACUUUGAGUUCAAAUGACUUUUUCAGAACAAUGUAAAAAUAUUUUGUGAUCAACGCAUGUUUGUAUGUAGUUUGUUCAUUAGCCAAGCUGUAAAUCAUCUGCCCAAAUGUUUUGUUCCUUAAAAUGUGGAGACUUCUAUGGAUUAUUUAUGAAUUUUAUUCAAAGGAAGUGAAAAUCUAUGAUUUUUAUUGUCAGAUAUUUAUAGAUAUUUUUAGAUGCUUUAGUGUAUACAUAUUAGUGUUAAUGGAAGCUUCAGAGAAAAAUAUUUUCAAUGAAUUAUAUUUAAAACUUGUGGAUUCAGUAUUUUUCGUACUUUAAAGAGAAAAAAAUGGCAAAUUUCCCUGAGCAAAUAAUCAAUGUUUCAAAUGUUUUUCAGUCCUUGAAGAAUACUCAAAAAAAGUUUUUCUUGUAUUUAAACAUUGUGAAAUAUGUCUAGAGAUUUUCCAGCUUCACAGCAUUAUUUUCCAUGCCUUGUAUCUUCCACUAUUCAUUCAUUUUCAAAUCAUUGGUCACAGAUGCUGAAAAUUUUGCCUCAUUCCUUCCAUACUGCAUUAGUUUUAGGAAAAAAUGAAUUGCACUUUUAACAAUUUUUGUAAGUGUUGAGCGGCAAAACAAUUUACAUACUCCUAUUUUAAACAUUACAAAUUUCACAUUUUUGAAGUAUUUGAAAUUUAUUUUUGUCAUAAGAAAACAUACUUUUUAAAAGUUUUUUUUUUCUUUUGAAUCUCUUAUAAUAUUCAUGGUUCAGAAGUUUUUGUGUAUGUGAUAUUUAUUUAAUUUUCUUUUUACUUUCCUUUCUAGUUUUUCUUUCUUUCCAUUUCUUUCCCAUUUUUUAAAAUUAUUGCAUUUAGGAAAAAAAAUCUUCAGUUUUAUGUGCCAUGAUCUUUUUGCGAAAUUUUCGGAUUGAAAAAUUAGGAGAUUUUGUCUUUUUAAAACCAUUUAUGAUAAUAAUGUAUGAUUUUUUUUUCUAUUGCUUUUCAAAUAUUUUCUUGGUGCAUAUAGAUCAUCUUAGUUUAAGAAAAAAAAUUAUGUUGUUCCUCUUUAAAUGUUUGUGUUCUAAUGUAUUUAAAAUGUUUGUUCAAUUUUUACCAAUAAAAGUAGGAAUUUU